AUGUAUUUACACUUUUGCCUGUUCGCGUUCCUCGUUCCCGGCGUCGUCGUAGGAUAUGCCGUUUCAGACAAGCAUGAGGCAGCAUCCACUUUCGUUUCCAUCCCCACUAAUCUGGAAAGACUUAAAAAUAUCUUGAAUGAUAUAGAUACCAAGGUGAAAGGUGACUUGAAUGCGAAGAAGGAAGCCCUGAAUAAAAUCUGGGAUGGAGAGUUGCGAAGUAUGCUGGAAAACUCCUUCGGAGACCACAAGGAAUACCUUGAAAAUAUAAAGGAAAGUAUUCUGAGAAACAGCGAGAACAUCCUGGCACAUCCGGGGUGGAAGAAAAUAUUCGAAGAAAAACCAGAGGAACCUACCCAGUUUAACUAUCUGAACGUGCCGAGUUCAAACUAUGGUGAUGUGUUGAAUGAGAUCAAGGAGCCGGUCCGUUUAAUCUUCCCAGGAACUAAAUGGUGCGGCGAUGGUGAUAUCGCGGAACACGACGAAGAUCUUGGUAGAUUAAAACAAUUGGAUAUGUGUUGUCGAGCGCACGACAAGUGCAAGAUAAGCAUGGUGUCCGGUGCUAAGCUGGGCAAUCUCUGGAACGAGGGAAAAUUCACGAAAUCCGCUUGCAUGUGCGACUUUGAAUUCUACGACUGUCUGAAAGCAACCAACAGCAUAAUUAGCUGGCAAAUCGGAAAGACGUACUUCAAUAUAUUGGGACCGCAAUGUUUCUAUUGCGUAGAACCAGCGAAUGGUUGUAAUAAAGAUAAAGACAGUUUGCAGUGCCUGCAAUCUUGCUACACUUACGGAUGGCUCAAGAAUAAAAAGUAUUGA